AUGAACAGAUUUAAAUUAUUCAAAUAGUUUUGUUCAACGAUAAAUUAAGCUGAUAGACAGAAUUUCAAUAAAAUUUAAGAUUGGUGGAGUGUAGGUGGAUCAAUGGCACCACUUUAUUAGUAUAAUCAUUUGAGAGUUUAAUUCAUACAUGAAAUACUCAAAAGAUCUUAAAAGGGUAAAUCUUUAACUGGAUUCCAUUCUUUGGAUAUAGGAGUUGGAGGUGGAAUUCUUAGUGAAAGUUUAAGAAGAUUAGGAAGCAAAGUUACAGGAAUUGAUGUUUCUGAAAACUCCAUAGGAACGGCUAUUAAUCAUAAAAAUUCUGAUCCAGAGUUAAGAAACGAUGCAGAUUUAGAGUAUAAAUUAAUAAGCAUUGAAGAAUUAUCAAAAAAAAAUGAAAUUUAAUACGAUAUUAUUACAGCGAUGGAAGUAAUUGAGCAUGUUGAUAAUCUACCCCUAUUUAUAGAAUCUAUAGCAAAAUUAUUAAAGCCUAAUGGCAAGCUAUUUAUUUCUUCGAUAAAUAAAAGCUAUGAAUCUUAUUUUAAAUUAAUAAUAGGAGCGGAAUAUAUUGCGCGAGUAGUACCAAUUGGGACACAUGAUUGGAACAACUUUAAGACCCCAGAAUAAGUGUGGCUUCAAUUAAAUAAAUAAAAAAUAAAUAUCGAUGUGGUAUCAGUUAUUUACUAAAAUUUAAGUUGCGUGGUGUUGAAUAUGAUUUAUGGAGUGGCUAGAUGAAAUAUAGUAAUAAUGAGACUCAAUAUAUUAUGGCUUGUAGCAAAUAAAAUAGGGAAUGA